UCGCAUAUGAAGAUGUAAAUGUUGCGCGCCAGUUCGUACAGUUCAGUUUUACCGCCCCAAUAUAAGAACUGAUAAGUUUUGAUUCGGUAGAAAGCGACAAGAAUUGAAAUGUGGAAACUGCAACCAACCGAAUCUAGAGGGGAAAGUAUCAUUCUGUUCCCGGGUCAGGAGUAUGUGGUCGGCCGUAAGAACUGUGAGAUCUUGCUGUCCAAUGAUCAGUCCAUCAGCCGUGUGCACGCCAACCUCACUGUCACUCAGCAGGCGGUUACUCUAAAGGACAGCUCUAAAUAUGGCACUUUCAUCAAUUGUGAGAAGCUUGAAACUGGCUCCACAAAGAUCCUUCAGACAGGAGACAAAAUCACAUUCGGAGUCUUUCUGAGCAAGUUCAGUUUGGAGAAAGAGUGUGUUGUGGUGUGUUCCUCAUGUGUCGAUAAUGAAGGGAAAGCCUCCCUCUCUCAAGAUUUGCACUCUAUUGGGGGCCGACUUGUCAACUCCUGGACACUUGACUGCACUCAUCUCGUCAUGCCCACUGCAAAGGUCACCAUAAAGACAAUCUGUGCAUUGCUGUGCUGUCGGCCCAUAGUAAAACCUGAAUUCUUCAGUGCGUUUAGCAAAGCUGUGCAGCAGAAACUUCCACUGCCUAAUUCCGAGAAAUUUAGGCCUCAGACUGAUGAGCCCAGCCUGGCUAAAGAGGAUGUGGAUCUGAGUGCACGACCUGAGAGAAAGAGCCUCUUCAAGGGGAAAACUUUUCUGUUUUUGAACUCAAAACAGAUGAAGCGUUUGAGUCAGGCGGUGAGUUGUGGAGGUGGGGUGAGCCAACUUUUGGACGAGGGCUCUCUGCCCAUUUCACUUUUGGAGUCAAGCAGCACCUGUGUAGUCGACAUGACAUCGGGGAACUCCCAGGCUGUGAUCCCUCCAGCAUCCAAGAAGUGGAUGGAUUCUGUAGCUCAGAUUCUGCACAGAAACGGCUUGCGCUUUAUUACAGAAUCUGAGAUUGGAUUGACUGCUAUUCAUAUCAAUAAUCAAACCUACUGCAAUCCUUUCUUUUCUAUGCAAUCUGAUUCGGUGAAAGUGAAACCAGUCAUUGCUGCAGCAACACCUUCUCAGAACACUGCUGUAGAUGAGACGGCGCUUGCACCACCUUCCCAGAAUAUCACAGCCUAUGUGGUCAACACUGAGCUCUCUCAGGACCAGAGCAGACCACGUGAAGACAGUGCCAAUUCUGUCCACUCAGUGGCCAAAUUCUUCAGAAAAGACGGUGAGGAUAAAGAGGAUGAGAUCCAGCAAAGUUCCUUUGCCAGUAGAUCUCACAAAACCUCACAUACAGUCCAAAACCAACACAGCUCAGAGUCACGAUCUGAGUUCAGUGCCAGUCUGGUUCAGGCUUGUGGGUCCAGUCAAAGCUCUGGCAGCAAGAAGAGAAAGCAACCAGAGCAAGACGCUCCAUCAGCCCCCAUGGAACCUGUAGCAGCUGCUGAUUUAGAAAUGUCUCUUGAAGAGCUCGAGUCUAUAAUGUCUGAUGAAAUGGAUGAGCCUCUGCAGGCUGCAGCUAAUAAAAAACAACGUCUUGAGUCAGGAACAAACAGCAGAAUCAAUAACCCACAAUUACCGAAUCAGCAAGAGGGCACUGACUCCAAAAGCAGGAAAAGCGCAAAGAAUCAGCAAAGCAGUGCCAACAGAACAGGCCCAGCUGCAACAAAUCAGGGCUCUGACAGGCAGUCGAAGAGGUUAUCCAAACAAACGCCAGAUCUGGAAGCACAUAGUUCAGCAAAGAAGGGGAAAAGACCAGAACUUGAAGAGGUCAAAGAAGAGGAAGUGUCGUUUGUUGUGAAUUCAAGGACCCAAAAUGGCAUUUCCCAGCACUGUGAGCCUGUGGUCAAACCGGAAAUGCAGGCCUCAACCUCCAAAUCUGGAUCCGAGAAUGACCCUGAGCUGCCCAGGAGGCUCCUACAGAUUCAGUUUAAGUCCCUGACUGUGAGCACCUCUUCCAGAUCAAGACCCAGCCCACUACAGACCCAUGAUCCUAAUGACAAGAAUGUGAAAAGGUUCUGCAAGACAAAUGCCCCUGGAUUUAAUGGGCUGCCUAACAUUAUCGGAGGCUCGGAUCUGGUGGCUUACAAUCGCAGUAAGAACUCUGAACUGGAGGAAUGGCUCAGACAGGCAGCAGAGGAGGAAAAACAGAAUGAACGGGAGGAGAUUUUGGGAGAUGAUUUGUUCAGGUACAACCCUAGGCGGGCAAAGAAAUAAUAGUUUAUAAUGCUGCUGUUAUCUGUAACAAGAUGCAAAGCAAAACAUGUUUCCAUUUUUAAAAGAGAUUUAUUUGUCUAUAAUUAAAAAUACUCUGUACAAAACAUGUAUGUAUAUAUUAAAAAUUGACAUUUUACAAAACUGAGCAGUCUAUUUCACCUCCACGCCAACAAUACAUCACCUUGUGAAGCAGCUUUGACCAUCCUGCAUUGAAUUAGAGGACUUUCUUACUUCUUACAGCUCUGAUUUGUCGUCUUAUGGUUUUGGUUCCUUCAAGUCUAUUGAUGAUAUCUACUAUCUAAACUGUCACUCCACACAAAGAUUCUCUCAGCAGUCUAAACUUGCAGUAUGAAUGGCUGAGGUGAAAACUUAAAAAUGCUAGUUCAGAAGUUAUUUCAGUUAAUAAUUCAAAGCAAUAAAACAUUUAUUUGGCACAACAGAGUAUGAAGUAAAAUGUUCCACUAUUGAGUGCUGCAAAAUACCUUACUGAGGAGUCCAAACCUCAAAUCUCUAAAACAUAGCACAUUGGAUUCAUCUAAAUCGCAAAUCUCUAAAACAGAAAAUUUAAUUAAUCUAAAUUUUCUGUAAUCCAGAAUGUUCUUAUUUAUCUAUUUUACCUACAAAUUACCAGAAUGACUGACAACCAUGGUUACUGAAAAUGUACUGUCUUUCUAACGUUUGGCACUUGUUUUAUGUUGCAGUGAAAGAGUAAGGUUGAUUUUGAUCUUGUCAGAUGGAAAAAAAAUACACACAGUCCAGGUCUUACAAUGUGACCUCAUAGUUUUCUUCUUUUUGCAGUAAUUCAGAUUAUUUUAGGAGCCUGUUAUGCAGGCUUGAGUACCAUAGAAUGACUGGACGAAAGGGAUGUUUCUUUUUUUGUUUGUUUGUUUAAAGUACUAUUAUGUGUUCUGUAUUAGAAAAUAUAUCCAAAUGGACAAUGUAAUAAACUAUUUGGGA